ACAAAGGUAAGGUAGGUAACCAAACGAUCACGUACGAAACAGCGGCGAGGAGCCAUUACAUCGAUAACGGUCGUGGUCGUUUAACGGAACACUCAUCGUCGUUUAUAACUUUUAUUAUAUUACGCGAAUUAGACUAUACAAGGACACUGAUUAAGGACGAGUUUAUCCAUGGUGGAAGCGGUAGCCAACAAGGUUAGAUUUUGUCAGAUUCAAGCUAACGCAAUGAGAAGAAACUGAACCAAUAAGCUCCUAAAUCAUAUUCAGCCACCUGUGUUUACACCAAUUUCUGCAUAUUGUUAGAUUAUCGGAGAGCUGUUUGAUUUCGUAGUUUAACAGCGUCUCAAUUCUUUUAACGUGCAGUUUGUGGUGCAAAAGUAAAGAAAAAAAGAAGGAAAAAUUGUACUUGGUACGAUUGUGUGUAAUCGUACAGCUCUACGAUGAAAUGUCAUUACGAGGUGCUAGGCGUCACCAGGAACGCCACGUACGACGACAUAAAGGCGGCGUACAGGAGGCUGGCGUUAACAUGGCAUCCGGACAAAAACCUGAGCAAUCCGGACGAAGCUAAGAAACAGUUUCAGCGCAUCAAGCAAGCAUGGGAUGUGCUCAGCGACCCCCACGAGAGAACUUGGUACGACAAUCACCGGGAGGCGAUACUGAAGGAUACAACGGAGGAUUACAAGGACAGCUCCAUUAACCUCUUCCCGUACUUCUCCACCAUGUGCUUCGAGGGCUACGGGGACGACGAGAAUGGCUUCUACACCGUGUACCGCACCGUUUUCGAGAAAUUAGCCAGGGAGGACCAAGAGUUCGCUCAGGACAGCGAGUCCGAGGUGGAGAUGCCCGGCUUCGGCAACUCUCGGAGCUUGUACGAAGAAGUGGUGCACAACUUCUACGCCUACUGGCAGAGCUACAGCACGAAGAGAACCUUCGCCUGGUUGAAUCCGUUCGACCUGAGGAACGCGCCGAACCGUCGAGUGUUCCGGUUCGCCGAGAAGGAGAACCGAAAGGUGCAGGACAAGGCGAGGCGCCAGAGGAACGAACAGGUGCGCAACCUCGUCGCCUUCGUUCGCAAGCGCGACAAGCGCGUGCAGGCGCACGCAGCGAAGCUGGCGGAACGCGCUCGCGAGAACGUGCGCAAAGUGGAAGAGCGGAAGAAGGCGCAGGUGCUGGAACGGCAGAGGCUGCUGCGCGAGCACACCGAGUCCGAGUGGUCCAAGUUCUCGAACAUGGAGGCGGAGCUGAGAAAGAUCGAGGCGACCCUCGGCGACGACAGCGACGACGGCAGCGCGAACGACUGCGACACGCUCUAUUGCAUCGUCUGCAAUAAGAUCUUCAAGACGCACAAGGCCUACAUGAAUCACGAGAAUUCGCGCAAGCACAAGGAGAACUUCAACGCGUUGCAGGCUUCGAUGGAGGUGGAGGAGUUGCUCGGCGGUGGUUUUCAAGAGAGCGCGGAACCGGCCGUUCCACCGGAUGAGCCUGAAUUAGCGGCGACUGACUCGCAGAUACCGGACUUCCUGUUGAAUCCUCCGGAAGACGACGCGGAGGGGCUCGGUGACGACAAUGAGGUCGUCUCCAACGACGAACUGAUGUCGGGCGAUGAUGAGGAAAUUUCGAAGGAUCGUCGGUCAGUGCCGAAUGAGCUGGCCACCGACUCGCAGAUACCCGACUUCCUGACGAAUCCUCCGGCACCAAACGACACGAAGGAACAGCCCGGCAAUUACGAGGACAACGACGAUACCUCUCACGACGAACUGGUCUCGGACGACGAUGACGAGGGAGAUCCGAAAGAUCGUCAGUCAGCAAACGAGGCGAAAACGAACGACGAGGACGUCUCGUUGGCUGAGAAAUCUCGGAUGAAUUACAAUUGCUUCUUAUAUCUGUCCGAGGGGGGCGGAAAAGAAGACAAGACCGCGACUUCGGAGGACAAGCUGAAGUCGGAUCAGGAGGAGGAGGCAUCGAAUAGUCAGAAAAAAAGGAAGAGGAACAGGAGGAGAAAGAAGAAGAACAACGCGCAGAAUCCCAAGCACGAUUUGAACCACCGUGCAAGCGACGACAACGCGGAGAGCGUCAACGAAGAUUUGUGGUUCAAGUCGAAGAAGCAACGUAGGAAGUUGCUGCAGCGAAAGGCGGCGAUGACUAAACACGAAAAAAGUAACACGCGGCCGCGGGGCGACGGGGAGAGACGGGAGGCCGAGGGUAAGAGCAAAUCGAUGACAGACGCGAAAUCUGAUAGCGCGAACGAAACAGUUGCCGAUCAGAAGAAAAGCGGAGCGGAAAACGAAGGAGAUUCUGAAAGGGCUAAGUCCAGGCCGACGUAUGCCCGUAAUAAAUUUGAAAUGAAUUUAAGUUACGAUAUGGUUAUUCGUUGUGGAUUUUAUCAAGUGUACAAAAAUACGUAUAAUAAGUACAUGUUUGACGAGACCCGAUCGAUGCCGGAUCCCUUGCGUGACGCUCUUGAUUUCUAUCAGUAGAAAAGACUUGUAGUCGUACCUUGUAUCUUAACAAAGGCACGCCAUCCUGGCACCACGAUCCGUAUUUAUUACCCGAUGUAAAGUUCUAUUCGUUAAUAAUAAAACAUCAAGAGAGAACUGCAAAAGCAAAAUGCGCCACGGACUAGAGGGAAUUAUUGAAAUUGAGUCAGAGAUCAAUUGUAGAUUGAUUAUAUGAACUCGUAAAUAUCACUUUUUUUCUUUUUUUUUGUAACUAAAGAGGACGUCUCUUUAUCGAAUAAAGAUAAUAAUAAGUAAUUUCUGUAUUUUUUAAGCGGCAUAGAAGAACGGAUAUACAAUUUGUAGUAUGCAUUACAUGACAUAUAAAGACAAACACAUACAUACACAUACAUACACACGCGUGUAUAUUGUACAUACAAUGUGUAUUGUAUAAAGUCAAGUCUAGA